GUCUCUGAUUGGUGGGAAUGCGAGUGGGAAUGGCGGGGAGGUAGGGCCUAGGACUUGGGGUUUGUGACAGCUGAGUCCAGCGCCCGGGGAAACUUCCCAGCCUUGAAGCAGGCGAAGAUGCGAAAGGUGGUUUUGAUCACGGGCGCGAGCAGUGGCAUUGGCCUAGCUCUUUGCAAGAGACUGCUGGCUGAAGAUGAUGCGCUUCACCUAUGUCUGGCAUGCAGGAACAUGGGCAAGGCAGAAGCCGUCUGUGAAGCUCUGUUGGCCUCUUACCCCACUGCUGAAGUCAGCACUGUACAGGUAGAUGUUAGCAAUUUGAAGUCAGUGAUCUGGGCUGCCAAAGAAUUAAAGCAAAGGUUUCAAAGAUUAGAUUAUGUAUAUCUAAAUGCUGGGAUCAUGCCUAAUCCACAGCUAAAUGUCAAAGCAGUUUUGUCUAGCCUCUUUUCAAGAAAUGUGAUUCACGUGUUUUCUACAGCUGAAGGACUGUUGACCCAGCAUGACAGAGUCACCGUGGAUGGGUUGCAAGAGGUUUUUGAAACCAAUGUCUUUGGCCACUUUGUGCUGAUUCGGGAACUGGAACCUCUCCUGUGUUACAGUGACUGUCCAUCUCAGCUCAUCUGGACGUCAUCACGUAAUGCAAAGAAAUCAAAUUUCAGCCUUGAAGAUAUCCAGCACAGGAAAGGCCAGGAGCCCUACAGCUCUUCCAAAUAUGCCACUGACCUUCUGAAUGUGGCUCUGAACAGGAACUUCAACCAGAAGGGUCUAUAUUCUAGUGUGGUGUGCCCAGGAACAGUAAUGACCAAUCUAACUUAUGGAAUUCUACCCCCCUUUGUGUGGACACUGCUGCUGCCAAUAAUAUGGAUGCUUCGCUUUUUUGCAAACGCUUUCACUUUGACACCAUACAAUGGAGCGGAAGCACUGGUAUGGAUGUUCCACCAAAAACCCGAGUCUCUCAAUCCUCUGACCAAAUACAUGAGUGCUACCACAGGUUUUGGAAACAAUUAUGUCACCAUGCAGAAGAUGGACAUAGAUGAAGACAUGGCACAAAUAUUUUACCAAAACUUACUGGAACUAGAAAAAUGUGUGAAGGACACCUUUAGAAAAGCAGAUUGCCAGAGAUGAAGCACUGAGCACUUCCAAAUGCAUUCCGGGGCAUGUGGCUCUGCGUGUGGCAUUUGUACAACAGGGUGCGAUGAUCUUUCUCCCUUCCUUCCAGAAUUAUCUUCAGGACUUGAUGUGUGCAUGUGUGUUUGUAUGUGCACAUGAGAGAAAGAUCGGGAAAAUGCUCCCCAGAAUGGUGUUAUUCACCCAGGAGAAUGUUUGUUUGUAUUGUUCUGCCAAGUGGGAUGCAUAUUAGAGUUCAUCUUUAGUAAUUAUGACACAGGCACACCUGAGACCCACUUUUGAUCUGCCCUGGCAGGACAGGGGACUGCUCACUCUCUGAGCAGUACUUUCAGCUAUAUCUCUUUCCUGAUGAGCAAUAUUUUCCCCCAUGGUCUUCUGCUUUAUUUCCUUUUCCAAGCUGCUCCAAAAAAAUCCUUAAGAUUGGCAGAAACUAAACAAUGGCAACGUGGCCAGUACUCAUGUGAUUAAUCACAGAAAGAAAACUUGUGUCUCUCAAUUACUUGAAUUAUUAUUCUUAAGAGUAUUUUUUAUUGCUGUUGGCUCAGUGUAUGCCAACACUGGGCUCAGUUCUCCACAUUUUCAGGUUUGUUCACUAGGGAUCAACUCAUUUUCAUGCUCAGGAUUUUUAUAGCUAUCAACUUGUAGCAUAAAAUUAUUCACUCACAUGAAGUUUCAACAAAAGUUUCUAAAUGAAUAACUGUUAGUCAUAGAUCUGCUGGCAUAAUGGGCAAUAUGAGAGUAGAAAAGAAGUGAUUAAAUUAAUUUACAUGUGUCAGAUAAUUAAGCAAAACUAAAUCUUAAAAGGGCCACAUCCCAGUCUCAUUGAUCACCUAAACAGUAUGUUAAAAUGCGUACGUUUUCUUUUUCUAUCAAUGAUAUCAACAUAACACCUGAAAUGUAAUAAAGUCUGUUUUUGAAUGACUAAAUACAAAUGAGCAAUGUCACAUAAUUUCCCCCACAAGUUAAGUGGGAAGUGUUUUAACUACAGGUUCUCUAAUUCUGUUGAAUUUUUUUCUUUAUGAAGCUAGACAUUCUACAAGUGGAGAUGAGGGCUAUGUCCGUGGGACCCCUGGGUCUUUUGAGAGGGAAAUGGAGCUGAGAGGGGGCCUGGUUUUCGCUCUCCUAUUUGCUCCACCCAAGCUCCUCAACCACUGUGAUCCCAUUCUUCUGCAAAGAAGAAUGGUAUUUGUCUCUCUGCUUCUCUACUCAUGGGUAUGGAGAGAUAAGAUAAUGCAAUAAUGUGCAUCCAUGAAUGAAUAGCUUUUGUUCAAAGAAUAAUGAUGAUCUUAUUUUGCUUAGAGAUUAGUAGGACAGGAUGUCCUAGUUCAGGUGCUACAGUGUAAUAAUGAAAGGCACUGAGUGACCACUGAUCACCUGACUGAGGCUAAAGUAAGAUCUUUAGACAGAAGUUUUAGCCUUUAAUCUUAGUGAUUUCACCUCUUUAAAAAAAAGCCAACAAAACAAAUACGAGAAGGUAUACUUGAUAUACUAGAUAGCACAAGUGAGAUAAACAAAAGCAAUAGUGAUAAAAGAAAUUUGGAACAUUCAGGUAAGUUUUAAAUAUUUGCUUUGCACAACAAUAAUAAAAAAGGACAAGUUUCAAGAAAAAGAAGGACAGAAAUAUGGGAAGUGGGAGAAUUGAUUAGAAUUGAGGCAUUCUCAGUGUUCUUCAGAAGGAAGGUACAUAUUGAUUAAACUUAGACAUUAACAUUCAUGAUGUAGCUACUAACUGUUUUUUUUGUCGGUCAUGGGACUUGAACUCUGGGCU